CACUGAGGAAAGAGUCUCCACACGAAGACAGAGGCACGGCAGCGCCCGGGAUAACGUGGUUAGCGCUCUAUCAGGUCCGUUAGUGAGCACACCACAGGGAUCACAGUGUGUGGAGACGCAGAGGAACGGCUUCCCGCUCCAUCCGCCACAUGGACUUUCCUUCUGCCCUAUUUAUCUGUCUAAAGAAGUUACCCACCGACAGCUGUUUUAAUGCCUGUGCGUCUCUGGCACUGGAGAGGCUGUGCCACCGCCUGUUGCCUCAGAUGAACUGACAGCCUUUUAAAUAAGAGCUUAUCCUUGAGGAGGCAGUGCAUGAUGAAAGAGGAAAAUCCGGGAAAGCCACAGAGGAGCGAUUCAGUCCCUUCCUUUCUCCGCUUGGCUGACAGCUAUUAGCUCUGUUCUUCCUGGUGGAUGAUUGUUGAUCUUCUCAGGUGAACUCACUUAGGAAGCGAGUUAGUCUACACCAAUGGAGUUUAACAACGACACCAACCGGACUCUUCCAGAGGUGGCCCCUUACAGCCUCCAGAUGGCCCUGCCACUCACUGUGCUGGUGGGGCUCAUGAUCCUGCUGACAGUGUUUGGGAACGUGCUGGUGGUCAUAGCUGUAUUUACAAGUCGGGCCCUCAGAGCUCCCCAGAACCUAUUCCUGGUGUCUCUGGCGUCAGCAGACAUUUUGGUGGCCACCCUGGUGAUGCCAUUCUCCUUGGCCAAUGAGCUCAUGGGAUACUGGUACUUUGGCGAGGUGUGGUGUGAGAUUUAUCUGGCACUUGAUGUUCUUUUUUGCACUGCCUCCAUUGCCCACCUCUGUGCCAUCAGCUUAGACCGUUACUGGUCCAUCACACAGGCCAUCGAGUACAACCUGAAGAGGACACCACGACGCAUUAAGUGCAUCAUCUUCAUCGUGUGGGUCAUCUCGGCUAUUAUAUCUUUCCCGCCACUAAUCACCAUGGAGAAAGAAAACCGUGAGAAGGACCCUGUAUGUAAGAUCAAUAAUGAUAAGUGGUAUGUCAUCUCUUCCUGUAUUGGCUCUUUCUUUCUCCCCUGUGUCAUCAUGGUCCUGGUCUACGUGCGUAUCUACCAGAUUGCUAAAAAGAGGACUCGGGCACCUCCAGGGGACAGGAAGCAGAAGGAGAUGCUGAAGACGGCCACUGGCACUGCUGCCAACCCAAAGGAGAACGGCGUGGUCAAUGAGGAGCGCCUCUGCCAUGAAAAGCUGAAUGGCGAACAGGACAUUGAGCUGAAGGAGGGAGUUGAAGGAGCAGGUGAGGAGAAAGGAGAGGUCAACUGGGUGGACAUUGAAGAGUCGUCGUCCUCUGACCACAAAGUGAACAAUCCUUGCUCACUUAAAAAGAAAGUGGCCAAGGGGAAAACCAAACUGAGCCAAAUCAAACCAGGGGACGAUGACAUCCAAAAGCGGGUGCCGAGCACCAAAAGCAGUCGCUGGAAGGGCCGUCAGAACCGGGAGAAACGCUUCACCUUUGUCCUGGCUGUGGUCAUUGGAGUGUUUGUCAUCUGCUGGUUUCCCUUUUUCUUUACAUAUAUGCUAAUGACGCUGUGUGAGCCUUGCAAGGUGCCCGACACCUUGUUCAAGUUCUUCUUCUGGUUUGGUUAUUGCAACAGUGCACUGAACCCCAUCAUUUACACCAUAUUCAACAACGACUUCAGGAGGUCGUUCAAAAAGAUACUGUGCAGGAGGGACACUAGAAGAUAUGUAUGACAGACUCCACUGUUAUCAGCAUCCUUUUUCUUUUACUUUAUUGUACAUAAAUUGUAAAAUCCAUUGACCAUUGUGCAUGGGUCACUGACUUGUGAACGCUGUAGGUGUUAAGUGCUUGGAAUGGCUUUCCCAGAAUGAGCUUUACAUGCAGCUUCUCUUUUACAAAUCACCCACCAUCCUCAGCUUCACACAGAGGUCUAAACAGAACCGAACACCACAGUGAAGCCAUGUUUUUAUUGUAAAUAUUAUUUUUAUAAAAGAAAUCUAAUGAAGUCCAUAUGUGUUGUAGUUUAUGGCAGUAUGUUGUACAGAAUGACCUGUCUUGAAUAUUUGUCUUUAUUUUUGUUGUUAUAGAUACAAUAUUGUGACAUUUUGUAUGAUAUGAUGAUGAUGGCAAAGUGUGGGGGAAGUGCUGGCUUUUUAAAGAAUAAAAGCCCUUACCUGGUGCCAUCAUGGUAUUGAUUAUGUUACACUGUGUUGACACACACACGCUCAUGCACAUGCUUAAACACAAAGUAGAGACUGUGAAACAGGGAAAAGGUCUGAAUUUGCUUUCUGACAUCAAGAGAGAGUUCCUAAAAUGAGUCUCUGUUUUACCUGUGACCAUGUGAAGGUGUGAACACUGCAGGACCAGGAGGGCAAACCUAUAAGUUCCUUUCAGCAACGUCAACCCUUCAUUUGCGCUCCAACAGAAAAGUGCAAACUCACUGGUUUGCUGAAUCUGACCUUUGCAGGGGAUUAACAAGAAGCUUAGUGCUUAAUGAGUCUCAGUGGAAUAUGUGCAAAUGUUCUUUGGUCCUUCAUGCUUAAGAUUAGAUUGAGGUCUUUUGUCUGAGAUAUCAGAUUCUCCAAAAAUUUAAUUACAUGCCUAAUCCUUUGUCUUCCAAGUGUGUGUUUGCUUAGGCUUUGGCUAUCAGUGUCAGUUUAUGAAUCAAUGGUGGAGAAUAAGUACAGUUGUAAUGUGAUGCACAGAAAGCACAGAAGUAAUAGUUCCUUUGUCAUGUUGUGUUAUCACAGUUUGCGUCAUUAAGUAAAGCCAUGGAGGCUGCCAAAGCAGAAUCUGAUUGUCAUUUCCCCCACUCUGAUUACUCUGCUCCCUUAAUUGACUAAGAGAAUAGAUGAUAAAAACUAGAGUGGCUAUCAUCAUUGCAGUGAAUACAGUGAAUAUUGCUCUUCCCAGAGGGGAGAGUUUAAGUAAAUGCAUUCCUUUUCGUAGUCAGGAAGGCAGCUGAAUGACUCCAUCCUCAGAAAACAUAAAUGCUUCUGAGGGGUUUUCUGACAGUAUAGACCUCAUCCAGCAGAGGCUGGUGUAUGUUUGUAUUCAGCUGGUGGAGCGUUUCCCUGCAUGUUUACAAAAUGUGUAAGCGUGGCGAGGCUGUAAGAAAGCAGGCACACGUGUGUGUGUGUGCAGACGUGUACUCUAUGUGCACUUGUAGCACAUGGGGUGAGCUCCCACUGGACAGACUUGUAGUUGUGCUCACGCUCCACGUUCAGUUUGAAUUAGGGGAGAAGAAUGGAGUGAGAGAAACAUGUCCAACAGGAGGAUCUGCAGUAGUGUCAAUAAAGAUGCAGGUGUUUGAUUGCUGUUCCCUAUUCAACAAAGAGACAUCAUCUCUAAACACUUAAUAAAGGUUAAGUUAUUUAGUUUUUUAAGGGUUGGUUCACAUUCUCUAAAGCCUGUCAUAAUACAACACAGUACUCACAUGCUCAUAUAGAAUAUCUUACAGUACACUAGUUGGUCCUCACCAUAUUUGCAUGCAAGAAUCUCUUCACUGGACAAAAUCCACACCCUUUAUUCUGUGGCCAAAUAGUUUUUAAGUCACACUUUGUAAUUUUUGAAAUAAAUAAUGACAUGUUCUUCCUAUUACAGAUGAAACAUUGGAUUCAAUCUCGUUCAGUGAUAUGGGCUGGAGCUGAAAGCUAUGAGCUCUGUCCUUGGUCACUGACUGGGUUUUUCA